AUGGCUGAGGGCCAGAAGCGAGGAGGCUUCAAGAAGUUCAAAUUUUUCAAGUUCAAAGGCUUUGGGAGCCUGAGCAGCAUUCCCCGCUCCUUUACUCUCCGGCGUGUGUCUGUGGCCCCCAGCUCUUCCAAGACCCUGGUGCCAGGUUUCCCUCCUUCCCAUGCCUUCCUGGACGAGCCGUUUGACAACACCCAGGAUGAUCUCAACACCAUGCCCAAGAGCCCUGGCCCUUACGCCCGGUCAUCAGACAUGUACAGCCACAUGGGCACCAUGCCCAGGCUGAACCUAGGCAAAGCAGGAAAGAGCCUGGGAAAAGCCAAGAGUAGGCAGAGCUUCCGGGAGAAAGAGACUCCCAGCAACAAAACCCUUUGGAAAACCCUGCUCCCCAGUCCUGACUCUCCUGAGAUGUCUGACACCCCUGACCCAGAUAUAGACUCACCCAUAACCACCGGACAAGAAGAACAGGAGGAGGAAGAGGCUCAGCUAAUGGACACCCCAGGGGAAGUGAUGGUCAGGAUAGACCAGAAGCUUGCAGGGAAUGUCUCUGGCCCUGGGACACAGGGACUGAGCUCCAGCCUGGUCCCAAGCUCCAGCCAAACCUCCAUCCCUGACAAAGGAGUGGGAGUGGUGACCAUUGAAAGGCAUCUGCCAGAAAAGGGACAAGAGCAUCCCAGCAAGAGCUUCCUGGACAGCCACCACAAUAUCCUCGAGUCUGGAAGUGAAUACGUGAAGUUCUCCAAAGAGAAAUACAUCCUUGAUUCAUCACCAGAGAAGCUUCACAAGGACCUGGAAGAGGAGCUGAAGCUGAGCAGCACUGACCUGCGCAGCCAUGCUUGGUACCAUGGCCGCAUUCCCCGGGAGGUAUCGGAGAGCCUUGUGCAGAGGAACGGCGACUUCCUUAUCCGCGACUCCCUCACCAGCCUGGGUGACUACGUGCUGACGUGCCGCUGGCACAACGAGCCCCUCCACUUCAAGAUCAACAAGGUGACAGUCAAGUCCAGUGAGGGCCAAACCCGUGUCCAGUACCUCUUUGAGCAGGAGAGCUUUGACAACGUGCCUGCCCUCGUCCACUUCUAUGUGGGUAACCGCAAGGCCAUCUCGGAGCAGAGCGGAGCCAUCGUCUACUGCCCCAUCAACCGCACCUUCCCCCUGCGCUACCUGGAAGCCAGCUAUGGGCUGGCCAGUGGCAAGCAUGGGGGUACCCACAGCCCCACCACCCAGAAAGGGGGGCACAUCAAGAGGAGGAGCAUCACCAUGACAGACGGUCUGACAGCAGACAAGAUCACCAGGGCUGAGGGAUGCCCAACCAGCGUAUCCCUGCCCCACCACAGAGACAUCGUUCACAACUGUGCCAUCAGCGUGGACCAGAUCCAAGACCUGCACUCUCCAAUGUCUCCCAUCUCAGAGAACCCAGCGUCACCUGCCUACAGUACAGUUACAAGGCUAAAACCACAUGCCUGCCAGGUGGCUGGGAUUGCCCCAGCCUCUCCAGUCAUAAGAAGGUCCAGCGAGCCCCAGCUGUGCUCAGGGAACAACAGCAAACCUCUGCCAGACCCUGCCCAUAGUACCCAUUCAACUCCCUGCCAUGGGUAUGCCCGUGCUUCCCCUUCGCCCUCCAUGAACAGCUACAGCGACCUAGACGUGGGGCACUACUGCCAGCUCCACCCCACUUCACCCAUCAGCAGAGAUCGGCCACCCCAUGACACCAAGCAGCUGCCAACAAAGAGCUACGUGGAGAGGCUAAAGGUGGAGGAAGGACAGAGAGGGACUGUGGAGAACAGCUCUGGGGAAGCUGAGGCAGGGCAGAGGCUAAAAGGAGAGCUGGACUUCACGGGCUUUGUGCCUCCCAUGAUGGAGACAACCUCGUCCUUCAACCCCACAGCCUUUCAGUCCAUGCUUAUCCCCCUGGAGAACAAACCGCUGGAGACGGCUGUACUCAAGAAGGUCAAAGAGCUGCUGGCAGAGGUGGACGUGAAGACACUGGCCAAACACAUCACUAAAGUGGACUGCCUGGUUGCACGGAUAUUGGGUGUGUCAGUGGAGAUGCAGCAGCUCAUGGGGGUGAGCUCUGGCAUGGAACUAAUCACCCUGCCCCAUGGCCACCAGCUCCGUCUCGACUUGCUGGAACGGUUUCACACCAUGUCCAUCAUGAUUGCUGUUGACAUCCUGGGCUGCACAGGCAGCACGGAGGAGCGGGCAGCCCUGCUCCACAAAACCAUCCAACUGGCUGCCGAGCUGAAGAGCACCAUGGGGAACAUGUUCAGUUUUGCAGCUGUGAUGAAUGCUCUAGAAAUGACACAGAUUGCCCGGCUGGAGCAGACUUGGAUGGUCCUGCGGCAGUGGCACACAGAGGGUGCAAUCCUCUACGAGAAGAAGCUGAAGCCGUUCCUGAAGAGCCUGAAUGAAGGGAAAGAAGGUCUGCCACUGACCAACACCUCCUUUCCCCACAUCAUGCCUCUUGUGACUCUUCUGGAGCGGGAUGAGGCUUUGACAGACAGCCCUGAGCUCUGGGAGACCACCAACAAUGGUGUGGAGGUGGUCAUGGCCCACCUUGAGGCAGCACGGAUGGUGGCCCACCAUGGUGGGAUCUACCGCACCAAUGCUGAAGUGAAGCUGCAGGGUUUCCAGGGCAGAGCAGAGCUGCUGGAGGUCUUCAGCACUGAGUUCCAACUGCGCCUGCUUUGGGGCAGCCGUGGGGCUGAAAGCAGCCAGGCUGAGCGGUAUGAAAAAUUUGACAAGGUCCUCACCGCCCUGUCCCACAAGCUGGAGCCAGCAGUGCGCUUCAGUGAGCUUUAACCUUUCUGGGUGCUGAGAGACCCCCCCACCAGCUCCCAGCCUGCCCACCCCCAGCAUCUGUGGGGCAAGGGAUGAGGCCACAUACCUGGCACCAGCAGCAAGACAAACAGCCCAGAAAGAUGCUGGGGCACAGAUCAGCAAUUCUGAGAAAGAGAGGAGGAAAAGCAGCCACUUCCCAUCUGCCAUCUACCUCCUCAGGACACAACAUGCCAGGGGCUCUGCAAUGAUGCCCCAAGGGAGAGGGACAGUGUCUGGGCAGACCAGCACUGGUGUCUACCAUCUAUCCCCCUCAGGGGUCCAUGACUAUACAGUCAUAUACCUUGCUCUUUGGUUUUGUUUCUUUUCCAUCUUCAUCUCACCCACGGAUGCUGGAUCCCACUUGUACAUACGUUUUCACUAUCACUUCUGAAUGUACAGACCUGUAAAAGACAGUUUUUGUUGUAAAUAAUGAGGCUCAUUCAUUUCAUCUUGUAAGUAUGUGUACAUAUCUCAUGUGUCUGGUUCUUACAUACAAUAAACUUUUAUGCUGUUU